AUGAGUUCCACGGGAGCUAAGAACCGCACAAGCAAUGUUAAUGAUGGUGAACAUUUUGAUAUCGAAGUCCCUGACACUGCUCAUCAGAUUAGCAGCGAUUCAUGGUUUCAAGUGGCGUUUGUUUUGACAACUGGAAUAAACAACGCUUAUGUGUUGGGAUAUUCAGGAACAGUGAUGGUUCCUUUAGGUUGGGUUGGUGGUGUGGUUGGUCUUGUUCUUGCAAAUGCUAUAUCUCUUUAUGCAAACGCUCUUGUUGCCAAGCUUCAUGAGUUUGGUGGCAAGAGACAUAUUCGUUAUAGAGACCUCGCUGGAUUCAUUUACGGUAGAAAGGCUUACCGUCUUACAUGGGGAUUGCAAUAUGUUAAUCUUUUCAUGAUUAACUGUGGAUUCAUCAUACUAGCUGGUUCCGCUUUAAAAGCUGUUUAUGUUCUUUUUAGGGAUGAUCAUGCCAUGAAACUACCUCAUUUCAUAGCUAUCGCUGGUCUCUUUUGUGCGGUUUUCGCUAUUGGUGUUCCUCACUUAUCUGCUCUUGGGAUAUGGCUUGUAGUUUCAACCAUCUUCAGUCUCCUCUUCAUCAUUGUUGCAAUCGUGCUAGCAGUUAAAGAUGGAGUGAAAACACAUUCAAGAGACUACGAGAUACAAGGAACACCGUCAAGUAAACUCUUUACCAUCACAGCUGCAGCAGCAAAUCUUAUUUUUGUAUUCAACACAGGAAUGCUUCCAGAAAUUCAGGCCACAGUGAGGCAACCGGUUGUGAAGAACAUGAUGAAGGCUUUGUACUUUCAGUUCACGAUCGGUGUUUUACCGAUGUUGGCGGUUACAUUCAUCGGAUACUGGGCUUACGGUUCCUCAACCUCGACCUAUCUGCUAAACAGUGUUAGUGGUCCACUUUGGGUCAAAGCACUUGCUAACAUCUCUGCUUUCCUUCAAUCUGUUAUCUGUUUACACAUUUUUGCAAGUCCAACAUAUGAGUAUAUGGACACAAAGUUUGGAGUCACAGGAAACACAUUGGCGUUAAAGAACUUGACGUUUAGGAUCAUGGCUAGAGGAGGGUACCUCGCAAUCAGCACGCUUCUCUCAGCGCUAUUGCCGUUUCUUGGAGACUUCAUGAGCUUCACUGGUGCAGUGAGCACAAUCCCUCUCACAUUCAUUCUAGCCAAUCACAUGUACUACAAGGCUAACGACGAUAAGCUCAAUCAUUUGCAAAAGCUAUGGCAUUGGCUUAACGUUGUCUUCUUCAGUCUGAUGUCUGUUGCUGCCGCUGUUGCAGCUCUUAGACUCAUCUCUGUUGACUCCAAAAACUUCCACGUUUUUGCCGAUCUGUAAUUAUAUUUCUAUAUAUAGUCAUUGUAUUUUUAUUCAUAAGUAAAAAACCCAUUAUAGGGUAAAUAAAACUAUGAUGUAUACAAAUAAUUACUACUUUCAUGAUAUCACAUUAAAUGUUUUAAUAUUUGUUAUAAUAAAGUUUCAU